AUGCUCUACCUAGUGGGUUUGGGACUCUCCUAUGAGACAGAUAUAACAGUACGUGGCCUCGAGGUGGUCAGAAAAUGUAAGCGUGUAUAUUUGGAGGCAUACACUUCCAUCCUCAUGGCUGCAGAUCAACAAUCGUUGGAAAAGUUCUAUGGUAGAGAAGUGAUUUUGGCCGACAGAGAACUUGUAGAAAGUGGUUCUGACGAAAUCUUGAAGGACGCCGAUACCGAGGACAUUGCAUUUAUGGUUGUGGGUGAUCCUUUUGGAGCAACCACCCAUUCAGAUCUUAUAAUUCGUGCUAGAGAGCUUGGAAUCAAGGUCGAAGCCAUCCACAAUGCUUCAGUUAUGAACGCAGUUGGUGCUUGUGGAUUACAAUUAUAUCAGUUUGGACAAACUGUUUCGCUUGUGUUUUUCACUGAAACCUGGAAACCGGCCUCGUUUUAUGAUAAAGUGCUUGAAAACCGUAGAAUUGGACUCCAUACUCUCCUUUUGCUUGAUAUAAAAGUCAAAGAACAAAGCAUAGAAAACAUGGCUCGUGGCAGAUUGAUUUAUGAGCCACCUCGGUAUAUGGACAUUGCCACUGCUGCCAAGCAAAUGCUUGAGAUUGAAGAAUUGAAGGGACAGAAGGCAUAUACUCCUGACUCUCCUUGUGUAGCCAUCUCCAGACUUGGCCUGCCUACCCAGACGUUCAAAGCAGGAACGUUGGCGGAAAUGGCGGAAUAUGAUUCUGGAGAACCAUUGCAUUCAUUGGUGUUGAUGGGACGCCAAGUUCAUGACUUGGAACUUGAAUACUUGGACGAAUUUGUCAACGAUCGUGAAGCAUUCCGUAAGGCGGUGAAGGCAGACCAAGAGUACUUUAAGCCCCCUCCAUACGUUCCAGAAGCUGAAGAUUAA